CGAAAGGAAGCCACCAUCCAUGUGACAUGGGUUAAGGGGAAAAGAGGAGCGAGCGCAGCGAUAGCUUGACUUUCUCCGUUAACAUCCAUCGCCGAGGGGAGGCGAUGCGGGCGUUUCCUCAGAAGCCCCUGUUCGCGGCGGCCGCGGUGGCAGCCCUCGUCGCGGGCGCCCUCCUCGUCUCCAGCUUCCUCAUCGGCGCCGACCGCGGCCUCCUCUGCUCCAUCUCCCCCGUCUUCUCCCGGAUCUCCUUCGGCGGCGGCGGCUCCGACGCCACGGGGCAGCUGGCGGAGGCGCUCCUCUACUACGCGACCACCUCGGCGGUGCCGCAACAGUCGCGGGCGGAGAUACGUCUGACCCUCGACGUGCUCCGCCGGCGCGGGCCCUGCAACUUCCUGGUCUUCGGCCUGGGACGGGACUCCCGGAUGUGGGCGGCAAUGAACGCGGGCGGCACCACGUUGUUCCUGGAGGAGGAUCCCGAGUGGUACGAGUUGGUGCUCAAGACCUCCCCUAUGCUGCGGGCGCACCACGUCAAGUACCGGACGCGGCUGGACGAGGCGGACAAGCUGCUGCGGGGGUAUCGGAAGGAGGCGGAGUGCCGGCCGGGAGCCGCGGAUGGCAUAUCGGGGCUACAGAGCAACGGCGGGUGCCCGCUGGCGCUGGUGGGGCUGCCGCGGGAGGUAUACGAGCGGGAGUGGGACGUGGUGAUGAUCGACGCUCCCAAGGGGUACUUCCCGUCGGCGCCGGGACGGAUGGCGGCGAUCUACUCGGCGAAGGUGAUGGCGCGGGGGCGGCGGGGGGAGGGAGACACCGACGUGUUCCUCCACGACGUGGAUCGGAAGGUGGAGAAGGCGUACGCGCUGGAGUUCCUCUGCAAGAAGCAACGGGUGGGCGCCACCGGGCGGCUGUGGCACUUCAGGAUCCCGCCGGUGAAAGCCAACGAGACCACCACCGCAGAGACCUUCUGCUGAUCUGCUACUUCUCGCUUGCUUCCUUCCUUUACCUCUUGGAUCUGCCAUGUAGUUGUACCGCACGCCUCCUUCCUGCAGCAGUUCAGGCAGGAAGGUUUUGCUGGCUUUGAGAUCGAUGGACUUCUUCCCGAUCAGACGGACACACAUGGUUUGUAGGAAUCGCAGCAUCAUCUCUCUUCGUGCACCUUAAAUUAUUCUACGAUCUUUUUUCGUAGGAAUUACGAUUUCUUUAUGUGUUGAUUGGACUUAAAGAUUUUAAUUUUGGUUGAA